AUGGCUGAAAAAGGAGAAGAUGGUCUCAAAAGUAAGGACGACGAAGAGAAAUCUGUCGUCCCGGUUAUCCCGAAAAAGUCUGAAGACAACAUUGUGGAGAAAGAUGAAAAGAAGAUAGGAGAGAAAUGCGCCGAAAAGAAGGAAAACGCGGCUAGCAGUAAGAAAAAAGAGGAGAAGUCACCGAAAUCUGUCGUAUCUUGUGAGACAGCGUCGAAAAACGAGAGAAGACUUAAUACGAGCAUCGAGAAAGGGAAUUCAGGACGAACCACCAAGAUACCAUUCCUGCUUGAAAUCAGCCCACAGAAGCUAGUUGUCCCACCAUCGGAACCUCUCAAAGUCACCGUCAGAAAUCCGACUGAAGACACUCAAACCCUUCGUUGUACAUUCGAUUCCUAUUACUUCUUGGUGGAUUUCAAAGAUGCCAAAUCAAGUGGACAACACGGAGUGACACCUGCGGCGGCGUACGGUUGCUAUGAGUUGGGACCGGGUGAAUCUUGUAGUUUGACAGUAAGAACGACAGAUAGAGAAAUUGAUCAGAGUGUCGACUUGAAAACGUUAAUGAAUGGCACUUACAAUGUCAUAAAACCAUUUCCACACUUACCAAGGUUGAAGGAUCGACGCAACAUAAUUGACAUUGCCUUUUACAAUUAUGAUCGUCCUGAAGGAUUUCUAAGAUUCCAGUACCGGAAGAAAGAAAAAGGAUCGAAUGCUAAAUGGGUGGUGCGAAGAAAGCAAUUGCAUUUGACGGAUGAUAUUAGGAAGAUGAUACGGUUGGAGGAGCAAAAAAGUGUAGAGGAAGAGAAGGGCAAGGAGGAGAACGAAACAGCAACCGAUCCCAAUCCACCGGUAUAUAUGAAGUUUCACAGAAUGAAGUGGAUUUAUUAUGCUACUCAAAGGCACCAAAGCUGGAAAGGAAGUUGGGGUGAACAGUUGAUGAACGAUGACGAUGGAACGCAUCGAGUUUUUCCUGUCCGAAGAGAUUCAGCUGUUGAGCAAUUUUUGAAGGACAAGGAAAACUAUAACAAGACACUUGGAACCGAGGAGGACAAUAUUAAUUUCUGGACAAACGUUUUUGUGAAAGAACAUAUUGGAAAGUACGCAGUCGAUAGGAACGAGCGGAAAAAAAAAUAUUUUGGAUCAAAAUGUCGGGUUUGGAAAGCAUGA